CUCGCGAUGUUAUGUCGACCCGCUAGUAGGUAGUGCUGCUGCUGCUGCUGCCGCCCCACCAGUCAGUGAACAGCCGGGGUGUAGACAUGCGUUACCGCCAGUGCACGCAGGAUCCUUCCUAGGUUUUUUUCCCGACUUCAUGUAAGAGCACUGAGUUAUGCCGGGGGGAGCAUGUUGAACAUCGAACUUGUUUUUGGUAACUGAGUGGCAGAAAUCACAGUAUCGGAAAAAAUCAAGUUGAAUAGAAAAAUAGUUGAGGCAGCCGGCGUGACAGUCAGUCAGUCAGCGUGUGGGAAUGGCAGCUCCCCGGCCGAUAAAAGGCAUCCUGAAAAACAAGAGCAGCGGGACAAACGUCAAAUCGCUGCCGGACGACGUGCAGGCAGAGAUUCCCGAGCAAGCUCCCGGACUCACGGAGGAUGAACAGCAGAAGAAAUCCCAGAAAUGGGAUGAGAUGAACAUCCUGGCCACAUACCACCCAGCCGACAAAGACUAUGGCCUGAUGAAGAUAGACGAACCCAGCACACCUUACAACAGGAUGGUGGGGGAUGACGAUGAUGAGGGGGCGCUGAGUGACUCGGACGGCCACAGUGGACUUGCAGCCGAUGACUUGGCAUCAAAGCUGGUGGCAGCAGAGGGCUCAGAGCCUCGCUUCAUGAAAGAAGAAGAAGAGGAAGAACAAGAAGAGAGCAGUGAAGAGGAGGAAGAGGAGCUGAGUCCAGAAGAACAAGCCAAAAAGAAGCAUUUUCAGAUGAUGAGGAAGAUGCACUACAACGAGGGAAUGAACAUCAAGCUGGCACGCCAGCUCAUCGCCAGCGAGCUGGAAGAAGACGAAGACGCGGACGAAGAGAUGAGGGACGACACAGAAGAGACGAAGGAGGACGCAGAGGAGACGGAGGAGAUCAGCGUUGACCCACCACAGGAAGCUGAAUCUCUGGACUCGUAGAUGAGGCCUCCCUCCCACCUACAGCCCCGUGUGUCGGCUCAAGAUCCAGACAGACAAUGCCACUGCGCUCUGUGUUUUAACGCUGGGCCGUACAGCAGCCACCGCUUACCCAUAUAACAACCCUCAACAGCCAAUAACCUCCCGGUCACCUGUCUGUCGCUACUGUUCCUUAGAACUGUGCAAUAUAACCUUCAAAACACACUGGUUUUUAACUCCCAGAAUCAGUACUACAACACACAAGUGAAGACUGUUCCUCCUCCUCCUCCUCCUACUCUUUCCUCUUCUUCUCCCCCCUCUUGUUGCCAAGAAUUUCCCCCUCCUGCCUUCUCUGGACUGGCGUUGCACUGAAGAAUUCUGACCCGGAAAGGAGGAUCAAGGCCUUUUUUUAAAAACUUCUGGAUAACCAGGACUCCCGUCUGGUCGCUCUACAGGCUCCAGGCCACAGAGCCGGUACGUCAGUCCUGGAGGAAGCCAGGGGAAACCCCACGGCCUCACUAAAGGCAUAUCUGAGACAUGACGACGGCGACGCUUAUACUGGGUGCACUUCAGACAGCUUUUUAUUUUGUUUUGCUUUGUGACGCACCACCACCCUGUUUCUUUCCUCCUUCAGUACUUUGUGUGACAAAGGUUGGACACCGUGAUGACUGGCUAGGUUUUCAUUUAGUUUUUUCCCCCCAUGGUUUACCUGGUAAUCCAGGUACGCCAUUCAUAUUUGGAAUAAUGGAUAAUUUAGGAGGUAUAUAUUAGUUUAAAACAACCUAACCCACAUAAUUAGAUUGCAUUAUUUACAUAAUAUCUAAUUUGACAUCAUAAAACUAGUAACACAUACUGUUAAUUGACACAUGUAUGCUGUGGUGUCUCACUUUGAUGCUUGUAGUCAACUGUAUUGUAAAACAACACUGAUUUUAAGUAGAACUAAUUAAUAAGUAUAAUAUUGGCACUUUUUUCCCUCCCCAGGACCUUUUUGUUUUCUCUUUAAAAGCAAGAACACGACACAAAGCCUAAUUUCAAAAUCUGGCAAAUAAAACAAAACAAACAUGAAUACUUUGUGGAACCAUACUGAUUGAAAGUUGUUGUUGUUUUUUUAAGAAGAAGGUUAUAGGACAGAAAAGUAAUUUUCAAAACGUUCAGUCAAGACUGAGUCAGGCUUCUGGUCCCUGUGUUUGUCCUGGCCAUAGUAGUAAGGUAAUAAAAUUGGCUCUUAAGACCUUUAAUCACUUGAACAUUGUAGGAGGGGCAGUGAAGUCCCACAUCUGAAGUACAGCACGUGCUACUGAUAAACCAGACAGUCUCCCGUCUGUCCAGCUACAGCUUUCAGCACCAGGCUCUGAUCUAGAUCUGACAAAAAGGAAAACCAGCGCUCACUGUGCUCUCGCUUAAAUGACCCGUGUAUGGAACUUGUCACUGCACGGAGGCUUCGCCGGGCAGAAUGUGUGAGUAAAUAGUUCAGAGGAAGGUACAAUCUUCUAGCUUGUGUUUCUCAUCAACACACUUUUAUUUAAUAUUGUCUGAUCUACUUAAGUGUCUCGGACGACACAGCUCGGGAAUGUCAAAGAGUUGUUAUUGAUGCUACUGACUUAAGUAAAAGAAAAAUGUUGGCGGUGGAGUUAACCACUAAUUAUUGGAGGUGUUUGAGGAGUUUUUUUUGUAAUGUCUGAGGUUCCGUCAAGUGUCAAGAAGGUUUUAGUCUUAAAAUUGUUGGAUUUGACAAAAGGAAAAAAAAAGACUGAUCCUGGUGCGACCUAAACUGCACUCUUGAAGUUGUUGUUGACUGUCUGUCAUAUCCUCACUGUAUGAGUCGGAUGAAGAACUGAAUGCCCUGAGAGAAAAGUGUGUAGGGGACCUUGAAUGUCUUGUGUUGUGAUCUCUUCAUUUUUUUUCAGACCCUUUAAUUCCUCACUGUGAUUGAAAGUGUGGAGCUCUGUAUUAUGGAAACAAAACAAAAAAAUCAUAGACCAACGGUAUGACUUUGUCCACCAAUCAUCACAAGCUCAGUAUACUGAUUAGACAAAACAUUUGAGCAGUUAAUUAUGACAUAUGACAGGAGGUAGUCUGGAAAUCAAGAUUUUGACAAUACUGUUAAAACAAAUAGAUAACUGCAGAGAAGCUGAUAUUAGUUUAUUUUCUAACUUUAGACAAAAGGACGAGAUCGUCCCAAACAUGACUGACGUGAUCGCCCCAUAGGUGGUUAUAACCUGUCAAAUGUGCCUCUUAUGUAUUUAUGUGUAAAACAAAACAGGCUGUGCUCCGUGUUAAUGUUUUGCUUUUGCCUCACGUGUCUCACUUUUUGUUUUUCGCUCCACUUCUUCCCCGUUUGGUUUGUUUUCUAAGGAUGACAGACUGUUAAGCAGUUUCAUGACUGUGCACUGUGUCUGUCUCAAAACGGCGUGGAUGUGAAAUUUUUUUUAAAUUUUUAUUUCCAGUUUGCAUGUUGUCAAUCAUCAGAUUGUGUGUAUUCUGUUUGGUUUUGUCUCCUACCAUUAAACAAAAAUCAAUAUCUC